CAAAGCGUAAACGGCGUCAACGUAUGUACGUUUUUUUACGCUGGCGUAUCUCCAAUAAUACGUAAAAAGUUACAGUUAUUAAUAGAGAGUCGAGCAGAUUAGAAAAUUCAACAUUGUUUUUCGAAUAGUACGAUCGAAACCGCGUUUAACUAACGAUGGAAUCGGGCGCGCAUUCUUUGCAUAAUCUCUCAUCCGGCGACGAGCACACUUCAGAGGCGUCUUCUUCGGAAACUUCGUACUCGGUGACCGAUCCUAAGAAAACAGUGAAACGUUGUUGUCGUAAAAUCGUCACGUUUAUGUGUACGCAGGUCGGAGUCGGUGGACUAAUCGUAGGCUAUGCUGUAUUCGGUGCUUUUGGUUUUCGUCAAAUCGAAGGCUCCUAUCAAGACCCUAAAAUCAAGCAAGUAAUCGCCAAGAUGAACGAAUCUGUUGAGAUUUUGUGGAGUAUCACGAACAAGCAUAACGUGUUGAACGAGAGCACUUGGAAUAAAGAAGUACAAGACGUAUUGCUAGAUUUGCAAAAAAAUAUCACAGUUUCGGUGAAAGAUGGAUAUAACGGGAUACCAGGCGAACAAAUGUGGAGGUUUCCAGCAGCCUUGAUGUUCUGCCUAUCUGUCUUCACGAUGAUCGGUUAUGGUAACAUAGUCCCUCAUACAGAGGCUGGUAAAGCGGCCACCAUAGUUUACGCAGUGUUUGGCAUACCACUUUAUAUUCUGUAUUUCAAGAACAUGGGCAAAGUACUGGCGCAAGCUUUUCGGUGGACUUAUACGUGGAUUUAUCGAUGCAGUAUGGAAGAUAGUCAUCCGAAAAUGAGUGAUAAAAAUGAUCCAGCUCCGAAAAGAAUUAUCGUACCUUCGACAGCAUGCUUGUGGGUAUUAUUUGCAUACGUGGCGACAGGGACUGCCAUGUUUUCGAGCUGGCAGAGCUGGUCAGUCAUGGAUAGUGCGUAUUUUUGUGUAACCAGUUUAUGUAAAGUCGGUAUCGGAGAUUUCGCUCCGGAUAAUUUGUUAGUGUCCGAGGACGGCGACCCGACCAGAUUGGUGUUUACAUUCGUGUACUUGUUGUUCGGUAUGGGUAUUAUUGCCAUGUGUUUCGAUUUGAUGAAAGAAGACGUGACUGCGAAAGCUAAAAAUUUAAAGAAUGAUAUCGUAUUGUGUUUUGAAGAUAUACAAUCGAAAGCUAUAGAUUUUUAUAAAAGACGAAACUCUCUGGAGUGAUAAUGUAUUAUUUUUAGACCUAUUUUCACCUCUCUCCAUAUCCUAAAAAUUUGACUUUUUGAAAUUUUUUUCUCAUUUUCAGUAUUGAUAGUAAUUACUCUUUUUUCCAUGCGAUCUCGAUUCAUAAUCAUUAACAGUUCAACAAACUUUUUCAUAGAUCUUUCCUUUGAAAACAUUCCACAUGAACCUCCACCAGAGGAAAUUACUCGCACCGUCUCGCCGGAAAAAUUCAUACUUGAAUCUCCGCCACAUGAGCUGGUUUCAAAUUCUUCAUCAGACUCUGAACCCAACUAUAAAUACUGCGUCUUUCCAGAAAAAAAUUCUCUCAAAGAUGACAUCACUUCUACAGCAGAGCAGCACGCUUUGGUAUGCAAAACGAGAGCAAAUCGGCGUAUAGCAGCGUGAAAUCGAGUACUUCUUUGCCAAAUGAUGAACCUUUCUCUAAUUUUAUGCCAGGGCAGAUCCCACAAAAUAUUGCGGAAACAAACAAAAUAUGGAGAAGUUUUGCAGUACGAUUGUUAAGGAAGGCAACGGGGAGCCCGAAGUAGGACCAUUCAAGAAAGGUUAUCCAGAAUGUCAGUGUACAGAUGUUAAAGUACAAAAAAAAUGCGGUAAAGGUACAGAAUUGACGUCAAUCAAUGUAAUCGUUUGUGCAUGGAAAAAAGAAAACUUGUAUUACGUUUAUGGUAAAGGACAGAAGCCAAAUAAUGUGAUGUCUUAUGAAACUGACGAUAAAGGCAUUUGUAGUUUUUAUAAGGAGUAUCCUUACAAAGGCAAAUAACAGAGAGGAGAAUAAUAGUGAAAACUUUGGAGAGAAAAUUACUCGAAAAUAUCUCGACUGCGAAUGUUUCUUCUCAUAUGAAUUACGUUGUUACAUUAAUAUUAAAGCUGCAUAAUUAUUAAUAUUUUUUUAUAUUUUAGGUAUUUUCACAUUUUUUGUAAUUUUUGUACUUUUUCCGAUGUGUUUUUUAGCUUUUUAAUUAUUAUUUUUUUUAUAUCGAGUUCGCAACUUCUCACGAUGUUUUCAUCAAAUUUUUCUCAUUGACAUUUCUUUUGGCAAGUUUUUUCAACAUUUUUUGUUUUUUUUCCUUUUCUUUUUUUUACCAUUUUGCAUUUUUUCGUAGAUUUUUCUGAUUAUUACGCGUACAAUUUCAAAUACUUGAUUGAAUUUUUUGCAAUUUUUUAUUUUUUAGAAAAGUUUUUUUCAAACAUGGUAUUUUCAACGAGUUUUUUUUUGGCAUUUUUAUGUUUUUUUUCGAGAUUUUUCGCAGUUUUUUGAAACGUUUUUGAGCUUUUUUACUUGAAGUCUUUUCAAGUCUUUGUAGGUAUUAAUUUUUAAAAUUCUGACUUUACGUUUUGUACAAUUUCUUUUUUAAAUAUAGCGUUUUUGAAAAAAAAAUAGAUAUGUUCAAUUAAUUGCAUGUUCACUGUUCAGCCAAUUUGACAACCCAUCAUCUUUUCCUAUAUGCAUGACCAACGACCCAUGUGGCAUAGCUA